AAAAAAAAAUAAAAAAGUCUUUAAAUAUUAGUUUUUCUUAUUAAAAAUGCAAGAAACUGUAGAAUCUCCUUGUAAUCAAUAUGAAUUGAAGAAAAAAGAAAAGGCUUUAGACUCUAUUGAAUCACCUGAAAUAUUAGAAGAAGAUGAUGAAGAUCUUGAGGAUGAUUCAAGUGAUGGUGAUUCAGACGAUGAAAAUGAUUUAGAGGAAAUUGAUGAAGAAGACGCUACAGAAGAUGAUAUGGCUGAGAUCGAUCCUUCAAAUAUCAUAAAAUCAUGUCGAACACGCGGAAUAAGGGUAGAUUAUGUAAAAGAUGUUAAUUGCGAUGAUAUACUUGAAGACGAUGAAGAUGACACUGAUUUUAAUGUUCCUUCAUAAGAUUUAUAAAUAUCAGUUGUUUUUAUUUUUUUUUCUUUUAUAACC